AUGAAACCAAUUUUCUUCCUCGCUCUUGUAUUCCUCGCUUUUACUGUCGCUAAUGUUCGCGCUGAGGACAGCGAUGGAGCUGGCCCUCGGAUUACUGUGUUCAGGGCGUAUGGAAUGGUGCGAAACUUCUUCAGCAAUGAUCCCCUUGGCCAAAAGAUCGGAUUACAGUUAAGAGAACUCGGAGAAAUUGCUCUUGAGCUGAGGAAACGACUGAGACAAAGGCUUGGAAGUUACUUAAAGGAGCUCCAGAAAGAGAAUUAA